GAGGACUAUACGAUCUAAGAAGCCUACUAUGAAGAUACUUACACACAUGAAAGGCCUUCUGCCCUCAAUUUGAAAUUUUGAAUAUAUCAAUCUGUGUGUUCUCUUGUUGUUUCUCUUCAAGGUUGUUGGAGCGAGGAGGUGAGUUUGAUCUUUAGAUUUGAUUCAGAUUUGUGUAGCAAGGACAGAAGGUCUACGGCCUACGCUAUUCCUUUUCUAGUAUGCUUCUGUGAGUGUCCAGUCUUCUCUUGAAAGAGUCAAUUGAAGGUGCGGACACCACUGCUUCAGACAGCAGGUUCCAAGUAUUGAUGACUAGGUGUGAAAACCUGUAUGCCACGGGUAUUUUGUUCGUUCUUGGCUUUUCUAGUCGCCUGCUAUGUCCUCUGAGGUGUCCCGAUCUAGUGGGAAGAAAGAGGGAAAAUAAGUUAGGUCCGAAAUCAUUUCUCAGUAUUCUGUACAUCAAGAUUAGAUCUCCCCUUCGUCUGCAAUAAGAUAGGUUGCUGAAUGCAACCGGGUUAAAUCAUCAUACAUGGCGUUGGUUAUAGGUUCUGUUUUUCUUCCUAUUGCAGGGUAACCAAGAAUAAAUGCUUUAGAAGAAGAGCAAGCUCAGCAUGCACUGAACCUACAGGAUGACUCCUAAGACUGUUUUGUAAACUAGCUCUCCCUUCUGUACAUAACCCGUCUAAAUUAAUUUAGACGAACCCCCUGUGAUUCCAAUGAAAGCUGCACCUGGUUCAACCCCUCGCCAACCACCACUGCCUGAAACUUCGUCAGAUUACUCCGUCUGGAAAUUCAAAGCCACAGCGUAUCUACAGAGAGUCCCAAUGGCCGAACAUUUCAACUACCUCGUAUCCUAUUUGAGUGACGAAGCAGUACGAAGGGCUACAGCCAAUGGUUUCGCGGCAAGUAACACGCUUCCACAAAACUGGAGAAUCUUAGAUGACAGUUUUUCCGUGCCCGUGGACACCCAACAGGUGACGAUCCAGUUCUUAUCACGUCACCAAAAAGCAAGCGAGAAUCCAAUCGACUACCUUAAUUCCUUGCAGCAAAUCGCGGUACUGGCAUUCCCUCGUUUAGAUGUCAUGGGACGAGAGGAAUUAAUACGCUCACGUUUUGUCGAAGGGCUGGUGCCGGGUCCACCAAGAGAACAUUUUCUUCGAAGCCCACCAGUUGAUACACCUGACUUAAGAAGAACAACACUACGUUUCCUGGCUGCAGACAAACUAGCGAAUUUAUCAGAUGCACAUCCACCAUCAGUGAUGGCUGUGGAACGACCCACAGGAUCUAGUGGCGUUGACAGUUUCCAGAGGACAAUGGCUGUUACCGACUUUUCCAGCCGCGGGCAGCCAAGUUCGAGAUGGAAUAGACAACCAGCAUAGAGCAACUACCAUGGACGUCAAGCCGAAUGUAUAUAUAUUACAAGUGGUUUGGCAGGAAUGCCAGGAGAUGCGGCCACAACCGUUCCUGUAAGCCAGGUAAGCGGCGUCUGCUAUUUAUCUUAUGUUAAUCAUGUCAACCCGAUUACGUCUGGGGGUAGAGUGCAAAACGUUGGGAUAGAAAUACUACUAGACACGGGAGCUUCAGUAUCUCUUUUCAAGGAAGAGCUCUUGAGGAAAAUUAACCAUAAAACUCAACAAACUCGAUAUCUUUCUACGUUACUCACAGCAAGCGGUGAUCCGCUGAAAGUGUGUUCUAAGGCGUGGUUAGACCUCACAAUAGAAAGACAGUUUCGGUGUGAAUUCUUAGUUUGUCCACCAUUGACUUGGGACAUGAUUCUCGGCGUUGAUUCCAUGUUCAGUUCUGUGUUUGAGGGUAUUUCCGGAAAUCAAACAACUACAGCGCAACACUCCAUUUUCACAGGUGACCAUAUGCCACUUCGCAAAGUACCAGUGCACUACCAACCGCAACUGGAUGCAAUAAUAAAAGAUAUGCUAAACAAAAUGAUCAUAGUUCCUUCGUCAUCUCCCUGGGCAUCACCUAUUGUCCUAGUGAAAAAGAAAUACUCCUCUCUACGACUCUGCGUAGAUUAUCGACGCAUUAUUGCCAUAACGUGAUUCCUUUCUGCUUCCGCGGAUCGGUGCUACAUUAAACGCCUUGAAAGGCGCAUGUUGGUUUUCGACUUUAGACCUACCAUCUGGGUAUUGGGAAGUAAAAGUCCGACCGCAAGAUAGGAAGAAAACCGCAUUUAUAGUACCAGAUGGUCCAUAUGAAUUUCAAGUGAUGCUUUUUGGUUUAACGAAUGCUCCGGCUACUUUCCACAGACCAAUGCAAACAGUCGGUAACAGCCAUUGUCCUCUGGAAACUGUCAACGCCACUAGAUCCUGUGGGUCGUUCCACAGCCAUCACUGAUGGUGGAUGUGCAUCUGAUAAAUUCGCUAGUUUGUCUGCAGCCAGGAAACGUAGUGUUGUUCUUCUUAAGUCAGGUGUAUCAACUGGUGGGCUUCGAAGAAAAUGUUCUCUUGGUGGACCCGGCACCAGCCCUUCGACAAAACGUGAGCGUAUUAAUUCCUCUCGUCCCAUGACAUCUAAACGAGGGAAUGCCAGUACCGCGAUUUGCUGCAAGGAAUUAAGGUAGUCGAUUGGAUUCUCGCUUGCUUUUUGGUGACGUGAUAAGAACUGGAUCGUCACCUGUUGGGUGUCCACGGGCACGGAAAAACUGUCAUCUAAGAUUCUCCAGUUUUGUGGAAGCGUGUUACUUGCCGCGAAACCAUUGGCUGUAGCCCUUCGUACUGCUUCGUCACUCAAAUAGGAUACGAGGUAGUUGAAAUGUUCGGCCAUUGGGACUCUCUGUAGAUACGCUGUGGCUUUGAAUUUCCAGACGGAGUAAUCUGACGAAGUUUGAGGCAGUGGUGGUUGGCGAGGGGUUGAACCAGGUGCAGCUUUCAUUGGAAUCACAGGGGGUUCGUCUAAAUUAAUUUAGACGGGUUAUGUACAGAAGGGAGAGCUAGUUUACAAAACAGUCUUAGGAGUCAUCCUGUAGGUUCAGUGCAUGCUGAGCUUGCUCUUCUUCUAAAGCAUUUAUUCUUGGUUACCCUGCAAUAGAAAGAAAAACAGAAUCGUGCGUGAUGAUUUUAACCGCGUUACAAUUUUAUUGACACAAGACUGAAUAAUUCGGUCUGUCGGCAUCGGUGAUGCAAUGGACAAUUUGUCGGUAGUUUUUGACCUUUUGUAAAUGAACUUAUUAAGCCAAGUAAGAUUUUGGAAAAAAUUUUCCAUAACGAAUUAGUUAUGUAACUUUAUGGAACCCAGUACUUUUCAGAAAACAGUGUAGCGUUGGAAGAGGUUAUCUUUGCUUUAUCCAGUAGUUAAUUGCAUGUGGAAGGUCGUAUGCCCUAUGAGUUAUAAAUGUAUGUUCCAUCUUUGUUAUCUUCAAUCCACCUGUUAAACCUCCACAUAUCAUAUCGCAGUUUAGUAUAAGCAACGUCUUAUGCAAGGAUAGUUCACUUAUGCAAAUAAACAACUUCCUAAUUAUUCCUAAUCAAAUAGGACAGGACACCUCUAAGCUAUUCAGCUGUAAAUAAUGCAGAGUGGAGUAGGUGAGCGUGUCUACUAUUUCACUUAUAAUUAAGAUACCAAUUGGCUUAUAACGCAACAAUGUCGUUAUUUGAGUGACAGUGGAAGUGUAGGCAUGUUGUUAGAAUACAACCGAAAGAACAGUUAAGUCUUACCCCAGUAGUUUGAUAAGGCAAACUUUUAAAUCAUGAUUCAUUCACCAGGGAUUUCUUACCUUAGCAACUGCAAAUCAUUGUAAGUAAUAAGGAAGAAUAAAAGUUUUCCUUUUGUGAACGAAUUCGCGUUCUAUAUUGGUUUAUCCUUUCUUAUCCAGUCGUUGAUGUAUAGUCAUAAUUAUGAUGAAACUUUGUAAGAAAUUUACUUUACAGAGUGUAUUACAUGCAACUUAUCUAGAAAACCGUCAAGAUUUCUCUCCAACUGAUGCUGAUUGGCCAGUGAACACCAAACAGGAAUUUUGAUUUGGAAAAGUCUACACAUUCAACAUUCCGGCGUAUCUGUUAAACCAAACUUUCUAUGGCCUUACUUAUCGCCGGCAUAGAAGGGGGUGCUACGAUUUCUCGAAUAGUUUUACUGGACUCCUCAGGAAAUCAAUUAGGUUAUGUUGAAGGACCUCCUACAAAUCCAUGGUUACUAGGUUUAGAAGAAGCUGCUGAACGUAUUUUGAACCUCGUAAAAGAUGUACUGAUCAAUUCUAACCGACAAUCAACAGAAACACUUGCCUAUCUAGGUUUGUCAUUGAGUGGUGCCGAUACUGAAGCAAACCAAAAUGAACUAGUGAAUGCUAUCAAGAAACACUGUCCAAAUAUUGCACAAGAAAUUCACAUAUGUAAUGACAGUAUUGGUACCUAUUUAACGGUAUGUGAUAAAGCCGCAAUAGUAUUAAUUUCUGGAACUGGAUCAAUAUGUUGUUAUGUACGAGAAAAUCUAACAUUUCAACGUAUCGGCGGUUAUGGACAUUUACUAGGUGAAAGCGGUUCAGGUUAUUGGAUUGCACAGCGAAUGAUAAAAAAACUCAUCUCAUCAGAUGACAAAAUCAUAGAUACUACUUAUAACUUGGAUAAUGUACGUAGAGUUAUUUAUGCCUAUUUUAAUGUAGAAAACAAUCUAGAAUUACUUCAACAUUUCUACACUAAUUUUAGUAAAAAUAAAAUUGCUGGACUAUGUGAACAUUUUUCUCAAAUUGCUCGAACUGGAGAUCAAUUGGCUAAAGAUGUGUUUCAUGAUGCCGGUGUUCAAUUGGCUCAACAUGUCAGAGCUGCCUUAUAUUACUGUGUUAUGGAUUCAAUGUCUUCCAAUCAAAACUUAACAGUUGUUUGUUGUGGUUCAGUAUUCAAAAGUUGGGAUCUAAUCAGAGAUGGUUUUAAAGAUUUUCUGAAACCGUCUGAAGAUAGUAAAUGGACAGGGACUUUAGAAUUAGUUCAACUAAAGCAUAGUGCGGCUUAUGGUGCCGCUCGUCUUUCAGUCCACUUUGAUUCCAAAGUGACUAUCCCUAUAGACUCAGGUGUACAGUUUGAUAAAAUUUUGUUCGGUGUAAAUUUUUAAUACUUCCAAAUAUAUAUGUGCAUUGACUUUUAUAUUGUAAGCGACAAUAUAAUUUCUAGUUCUUUUAUAAUAUUUAAAACAAAAUUUAGUAUUUUUCUGUAUUGUUUAAGUAGCAUUUUCAUUUUUUUAUAUUGUACCCCCUAUGUGCUCAUUUAUUGAUUCAGUUUAAUGAGAAAAAACAAAAAAA